AUGGCUAACAGUGUGACCGUCAACAAAAAGACUACAAAGCAUACCUUCUCUUGCAGUUUCUACCGUGAGGAUAUAACACCUUUGGUUCGAUUGAGCACCCGAGUUACUGGGCAAAAUUUGGAUGAAUUCAGAAAGACUUAUGGCCACAUUCUGCUUAUGUUAACUACUCGCAUUGAUGAGUGGGGUCUCUACACUCUUCUUCAGUUUUAUGAUUCUGAGCUGCGUUGCUUUACCUUUCAAGAUUACCAACUAGCCCCUACCCUCGAAGAGUAUGCACACAUUCUUCAAAUCAAAGUUCAACAUAAGGAUAACUGGAAGCCUAAUGGUGGGACCCAUGGAUUCUAUGUGAAAUUUCUGAUGAGGGAAGCUGAAACCCUUGCUGAUAAGGAAAAGUGGAAAGAAUUCAAUGCUCUCCUGGCCGUCAUGAUCUAUGGAUUAGUGAUGUUCCCGAAUAUUCCAAAUUUUGUUGAUCUCACUGCCAUUUGUCUCUUCAUGGAUCAAAAUCCUGUACCCACUCUGUUGGCCGACACUUAUUAUGCCAUCCAUUCUAGGUAUGGAAAAAAGGGAUCAGUUGGGGGUUGUUUGCCAAUACUGUACGAAUGGUUUUCUUCACAUUUGCCUAAAAGCGGAGCAUUUGUCACUACAAGAGAUUCACAAAAGUGGCCCCAAAGGAUUAUGGGACUUACUGCUAAUGAUAUUGUUUGGUAUCACCUCCGCACGGACAUCGAGCAAGUUAUAACCAGAUGUGGAAGUUUUGGCAAUGUUCCUCUCAUAGGGACAAAAGGAGUUAUCAACUAUAAUCCGAAGCUAGCACUGCGCCAGUUGGGUUUUGCACUGAAGGACAAGCCUUUGGAAAAAGAGAUAUUUGAGUCCGUUUGUUUUGAAAAAGGAACCGAUCCAGAAGGUUUGGAGAGAGUGAGGAGUGCGUGGAACAAAAUUCAUACAGAAGACCGAACUACCUUGGGGGGAAAGAAUGCCAUUGCUAAGAAAGCUUAUACUGAAUGGGUUGAAGAAAGAGUUAAGGAGCGCCUGCUGCCUUUCCCGAAGGUUAGCCCUCUAUAUGAACAACCACCUGAGAUUUUAACUGCCACUGUACCAGCUGAGGAGUACAACCAAGUACAUGUGGAGAAUAUCAGGUUGCGAGAAAAAGGGGAAGACGCUAAAAUAAAGUUUUCUCUUACAACAAUUGCACCUCCGCCUACACAUCGCUACUACACAAGGGCUAAUCACUCACUGCAAAUGGAUCAGUUAAGGGACGAUCUUAUCCAGAUGAGAACUCAGGUUACUGCUCAAAUGGCUCAGUUCAUGGAAGUCAUGCAAAACAUGGCUGAUCGCCAAGAAGAACUCAGAAUCAGGAUGGACACAGUUGCUCAGGUUGUUGCGGACCCCCCGCAAAGAAACCCUGAUGAUAUUCGUGUCAAUGGUGAAUCUGUGAUCGGAGGACCUGGUGUAAUUCCUCCUGCUGCUAAUCAAGGUAAUCCUUAUGGGCCUCCCCAGCCCAUUCCUGAAGGACAAGCCACACAACAAAUCAGAAGAGCUGCUGCCAUCCCCGUGUUGGAAGAAGAUCGACAUGAGGAUCUAUUUCCUGAAAGUGAGUUGGGAUUUCCACAUGAUGCUGGAAGGUUGUUCAGAGGACUGGAGGAAAGGAUGAGGGCCAUGGAAGGCCAAGGACUCGGUAUGGACAUUAAUGACUUAGGUUUGGUUCCUGGUGUCCGUGUGCCGCCAAAAUUCAAAGUGCCAGAUUUUGAGAAGUACAAGGGGAAUACUUGUCCCAAGACCCAUGUCCGAGCUUACUACCGCAAGAUGCAUGUCUAUUCCGAGGAUGAGGGGCUGUUGAUGCAUUUCUUCCAAGAUAGCCUAACUGGGGCAUCUUUGGAAUGGUAUAUGAGGCUGGAAAGAGCUAGUAUUCGAAGCUGGAGAGACUUGGUUGAUGCCUUCAUAAAGCAGUAUCAAUAUAAUGUUGACAUGGCACCCAAUCGCACUCAAUUGCAGAAUCUAUCUCAGAAAACUAAUGAGUCCUUCAAAGAAUACGCGCAAAAAUGGCGCGAGUUGGCAGCCAGAGUUCAACCACCUAUGUUGGAGAGAGAAAUGAUGGACCUGUUCACCAAUACUUUGGAAGGUCAAUACUAUUCUGCUUGUUCUGCAUCCUCGAGUUUCGCCGAGUUGGUCAUGAUCGGUGAGAGAAUUGAAAGUGGAAUCAAGGCUGGUAGAAUUCAGAAUCCGAGUGCUGCUAGUUCCUCCUCUGGGGUUGUUGGAAAGAAACCUUAUAACGGGUUUGCCAAUAAAAGAGAAGGUGAGACGAGCGCUGCUUAUUAUGGUAAAGGCAAAAGCCAGGCUCAUCAACAAGUGGCCGCCGUGACUAUACCAAAUGUUCCAUUUCAGCAACAUCAGCAACGAGGGUAUACUCCGCGCCAGUAUCAACCAAAGGCACCUGAGAGAACUUUUGACCCGAUCCCGAUGACAUAUGCACAAGUAUUGCCAUACCUCCUCGACUUGAAGUUGGUACAAUUGAGAACUCUAGCAACUCCUGCUAAGUUGCCUCCUAAUUGGGAUGCUAAUGCAAGGUGUGAAUUCCACUCUGGAGCACCCGGGCAUAACAUUGAAAACUGCAAAGCAUUGAAGUAUCAGGUUCAAAAUCUCCUCGACUCCAAGGCCAUCGAGUUCACUCCUACUCCAGGGCCUAAUGUUGUUCAAAAUCCCAUGCCCCCUCAUGGGUCUCAUGCUGCAAACGCCCUCGAUUGUGUUGAAGAUACUCGUUUGGUUAAGGACAUGACUGAGUUAGGCUCUCUGUUGCCUUUACUAAAAGUAGAAUUAUUGAGAAUGGGUCUAUGUGCUGGUUGUGGAGAAUUAUGUAAUGAUUGCAUGGCCACUUCCUCAGUUUGUGACAAAGUGAAGAAUGGUGUUCAACAGUUGAUAGAUAGUGGGUAUCUACAGUUUGAGCGCAUACGACGGCCCGAGGUAUUUGAGGAUGAAAUUAAUGUGGCAUCCAUUCCCUACACUCCUGCUAAAAUUCCAAUUCCUGCUAGAGCACCUCCUUUGGUUAUUACAUCACCUGGUCCCGUUCCGUAUACUAGUGAGAAAGCAAUCCCAUGGAAUUAUGGCGGAGAAGUUUUCUACCAAGGGGCCAAGUAUGAGAUUAAAGCACCGGUUGAGAAAGAAGAUGUUGAUAAUGUUGUUGGCAUUGGAAGAAUGACAAGAAGUGGUCGUAUUUUCAACCCUCCCCAGAGUACUCGCGAUGACAAUACAGAAGCUCAAGCUCAAGCAAAAGGGAAAGGAGUGACAGAAGAUACUAUGGACCAGGGGCAAAGUUCUAAUUCUGAAGAUACUAUGGCCAAAGAGAUGGAAGAGUUCCUAAAGAUCAUCAAGAAGAGUGAGUAUAAAGUGGUUGACCAGCUGAGCCAAACUCAAUCUAAGAUCUCGAUCUUACAGUUGCUCUUAUGCUCCGAGACGCAUCGAAAUGCUUUAUUGAGACUCCUAGGCACUGCCUUUGUCCCUCCUGAGAUCUCAGUAAAUCAGCUUGAAGGGGUUGUGUCUAAUAUCAAUGCUGGAAACGGAUUGGGAUUCACUGAUGCAGAUUUGCCUUCUGAAGGUAGAAAACAUAAUAGAGCUUUGCACAUAUCUGUGGAGUGCAAGGGGACUAUAUUAUCUCGUGUUCUUGUUGAUAAUGGAUCUUCUUUGAAUGUGUUACCAAAGUCGUCUUUAAUGAGGCUAGACUAUUCUGGUGUUGAGAUAAGGCCGAGCGAAUUAACUGUGAGAGCCUUUGAUGGCUCAAAGAGGUCGGUGUUUGGGGAGGUUGAUUUACCAGUGAUGAUAGGUCCUCAACUCUUCACUAUUACUUUCUUUGUGAUGGAUAUCCAUCCGGCUUACAGUUGUCUCCUGGGUCGUCCAUGGAUCCAUGCUGCUGGGGCCGUGACUUCCACAUUGCAUCAGAAACUCAAAUUCGCCACUCAAGGGAAGAUAGUCACAAUAUGUGGGGAGGAAGAGCAUGUGGUAAGCCAUCUUGCGUCUUUCAAAUAUAUUGAUGUGGAAGGGGAGGUCCACGAAACGCCUUGUCAAGCGUUUGAGGCUGUCCAGACUGUCAAGAUCCCUUAUGUUGAAAAGAAGAAGUUGGAGGCUCCUAUGUCUUCACUAAAGGAGGCUAAAGCUGUGGUUGAAUCUGGUCAUCCUGAAGGAUGGGGCCGAGUCUUGGAUCUACCAAUCAAGCAGGAUAAAUGUGGGAUUGGAUAUCAGUUGAGUCAGAGUUCAUCUAAUGAGGCAUCCAAGAAGCCCGGAGCCUUCGUUCCGAUCAAGUUCUCUAGUGCUGGCAUCGUCAAGGAUCAUAUUUGCGCUGCUGAUGAUGAUAUGGAUAGUGAUUAUGACAUUGAAGAAUGGAUCAAGCCGUGUGUCCCGGGACAGAAGCUUCUCAACUGGUCAUCUGAAGACAUCAUCUCAAUUGCUCUGGAUCAAAAGUAA